CUAAAACAUAAGCCACUCUGGAGGAUCACACCAUUUAAGUGAAAAAGAAAACUCGGACUACGAUAUAACAGGACAUGAAGAUACUUCACCAAGCGGCCUGUUGGAAGGUUAAGCCUAAAGAUGACGCUGUUGUCAACAAACACAGCAAGAGGCAGCGAGUCAAAAAGAACGACGACGACGACGGUGUUGGAUACAUCGUGAUCAGACUUUGGGGACUCACUAUCGGCAUUGUUGCAUUCGUAGCCUCUUAUUACCAUAUGUACGCGACUAACGACCGUUUCGGAAGGUUUCCCCUCACGGACACGCUUGACUUGGCAGCCACUCUAGGCGGAUUCACCAGCAACCUCUGUCAAAAUGUCCAUGUGUAUGCUAACAGCCGCUUCGAUACCUUCAACGCCUAUCUCUUACAGCAUGGAGCGGAGUUCGACAGACACACAAGGAACUUGUUCAACGUGUCAAGCAGUUACACCAUCAGGUCUCUAUGGGACUCACACAUGCAAUCCUUUUACUUACUAGGAGGUUCCGAGGUCAGCGCCAACAUCUGUUUUGGCAACAUUCGGGGGAUGAAACUCAACGCUAAAGCCCUGGUGUUCAAAGGAAAAUCUGCUUAUGAUGCAUGGAACGGCGACAAGACCGAUUUCUCAGCCGCUUUGCAAGUCCACGAGUUAACCUUCAACAAUACUUGCGAAGGCUCCUCGCCAUUGCGCUUUUCUUUGGAAGCCACUGAUACCGACGGUUACUAUUUCAUUGUGAAUGUUUCCUUUCCAAGAUACCCUUCCAGUGAUAUACACCUGCCUGUCCAAGUGUUCUAUCACUUAAACCGCGUCCGCUAUGACUUGGCGCCAGCUCAACUUAUUUGUAAAGGGGUGACCUCCUGUAUUGUGCCGUUAAAUAUUGGUACUUCUCAAGACAUCGUGCUUAAGUUUGAAGAAGGUCUCUACAGCGACUAUUUCCUUCAAAGCCAUUGCGAAAAAAGAGUUGUCUAUUGGUUGCUGAUGUUCUGCGUCCUCCCUGUUUCCAUAGCAACCAGUUUGUCUGUAUGUUGUUGUUGUUGUUGUCACUGUCUUGAUAGCCGGUCGUCCAAGAAAAAGUCUGUUAAGCUAAAAGAUAAAAAGACUGAGUCCCAAAAAAAUGGUCAUGAAACAGUCGGAACAUAUGGGACAUUGAAUAAUUAA